AUGGGACUGGCCAAUUUACAGUAUUACAAGCCAACCUCUCUCGGUGCGAACGGCAAAGAGCGGCGUCAGCAGCAACAGCAGCAGCAGCCACAGAAGAAGGCGGAACCGGAGAAAGUGAAAAAACCGGAACAUGCUAUGCGUGGUGUCGCCCGUCAGAAAGUGACCCAGAGCAAAUUGCACCAAGUGCAAAAACCGAGACCACAGGAGACCGUAGGCAAAAAGCGAUCUUCAAGGACAGCUAAGGCGAAGCUGUCGGGUGACGGGCCUGUGAAGGAGACGCCGUUAAAGCGUUUCAUGCUGGAAGAUCCCUGUACGGCAGGGAGGGCAAAAGCUAGGUCGCUACCUCUGAAAACUCUUCCAGACGUUAAGAAGACAGGCGUGGCAGCCCAUGAAAAAGAUAGUUCACUUCUAAAGACGGGUACAACCUUGGAUACAACUGAUGCCGCUGUAAAAGCAACGGAGGAGGGACUCUUGAGGGAGGCCCUGAUGCCUCUUUCCAAAACGUUGCCUUCGGUAAAAGGAAAAGGUUUGUCCGAUCGCGGUUCCGUAACAGCUACCGCUACUAAAAAGGUAGCCGAAGAGGAAAAAUCAGUUGCAAAGAGGUCAGUAGAUCCAUUUACCGGAAAACCUUUCGCUCCUAUGCCAAAAAGUAAACCACCAAAGGUACCUUCGCCAAAAAGAGACACGACGCUUGCAUCUACUAAAGACAAGAGCAGACGUGCAGCCGAUCUCCCAAAACUCGAUGUUACAGCGACAACCAACAUCCCCGAGAAAAGCAAGAUAAAUGAGGAGCCCAGACAACAGGUAUCUCCACUAACAUUCAGUUUUCCACAACUGGACGGGAAUACGCCGUCACCCACAGCAACCAUUAAAAAAUCCGGUCUAGCAAAGAAAGCAUUGCCUAAAACCGACUGUAUGGAAGGUCCGGAUUUCGGUACGCACGCAAAACCAGAAGCGUCAUGGGUUAGUACCAAACAACAAGGGAUGAAGUCCAGUCGCAGUAUUCCGCAGAUGAGUCACGUGGAGACUGGACAUCUCUGCGAAAGACAUCGACCACGACCACCACCACCUGAUUGGAAAAUGUACGCAUGGGAGAGGGGAGAAAUCGACUACAUGGGCGCGGACAGGUUCUCCAACAUACUCGCCCGGAUUCGUUCUACCAUACAGGAAGUGGAUGCCGACAAUUUGCCUAUUGGAACUUGGCUCUAG